AUGUUUAGUGCGAGGCAGCCAGGCCGUCAGCGCCUCGUGUAUCGUUCGCAACUCGAAGAAAGCUCGGCUACCGAAGCUGAUGAUGAGAGUUUUGCCCGGGCAGAGACGAAGGCAGACAUUGUCGCCUACCUCUCCGUGGCUUCAGCCUGGGAAAUUGACAUCAUUUCCUACACGUGGUAUCCGAACCUGGGUGACAUCGGCCAAGGCCAGACUGGAGGCAUCCAACAGUCGAUUGCUAACUUGCAGACGAGUUUCGCUUUCAAGACUUUUGAUCGACUUAGUUCAGAACUCGCAUUCGAAGAAGCAAUAUCUGAAAUUCGAGUCUUAGGAGACCCACAAAUCAGAGGACACCCUAACAUCAUUAGUCUUGAAGGCAUUUGUUGGAACAUUUUGGCAACUGGAGAUGUGCUGCCCGUGUUGGUAUUUGAGAAGACCAAUCUUGGGAGUCUUUCCAGUUUCAUGCAAAGGAACAAUGAAACUUCCUCAAUCGAGACACGAUUAAGGAUUGCCAUAUGCAUCAUUCGAGCCAUAUCCAUACUAUACGCCCGCGAUAUUUUUCACGGCGACAUCAAGCCCGAGAACAUACUCCUGUUUCAAGCCAACAAUAAGGAUAUCACAGCCAAAGUUACCGACUUCAGUUUUGCUGUCGUCCAGACGGACGGCAGUACCUUCCGACCCAAGCCAGGCACACCCAGAUGGCGGGAUCCCGGUUGGCAUUACAGAUCGCAAUGGAACAUCAAUCGAGCGAAAGGAGCCGACAUGUACUCCUUGGGACUGUUAUUGCUGUGGCUUCUCGCCCACGACCAAAGGAGCGCCUUGGAUUAUGAUAUCCAGGUGGAAGGAGAUCAACAACCAGAAAAGCUGUUCUUAUUGGUGCCCAACCGCAUGGAAUCUCUGGGGUUACCAGAUCUUGCCAAACAAUUACUGACACUAUUGUUCAAAGUGUGCUUUGAUCCAGAUCCAAGCCAACGUACACUAGCACCCGACGACAUGCAACUAUUGCAAAUUAGGCGAACAAACGAAAGAGGCGCACAAACUGCCGAUUACCAGUUGUUGCAAACCGAUCACGAGAAUCAGAACUCUUUGGGUGCUGAGGCACGCUUGCGAUUGCCUCAUCAACUUGGAACGUCAUUGUCAAUAAGCAAAGAGCCACAGCUUAAUCUCUUCGAUAUUGCAACACCACUGUACAGUGCCCAUUAUCGAGUUCGGGCAAGUGUAACAGAAGCACUGUGCCAAAGAAUUAGAAGCGCUGACUACCCUUCCACUACGGACCUGGCCAACCUCUCCUUCUGCUUGCAGUUGGGAUUUGGCAUGGAAAAGCCGGACGCGGAAAAGGAGAAAUUGAUGUCGCACUUCGACAAGAACACGGCAGAAUCCACGGCAGUAGGGCUUGAGGAAUAUAAAAAGACCUAUAGAUAUCGGAAAUAUGACGACAGCGCUUUCCGCAUUGCGCUCAAGUUGGGGCACUUGGACUCUCUUGAUCUUGCGCAGACCUAUGUCAGCUCAACAGAUGCGCAUCGAAUCGAAGAAGAGUGCCAACUUGAAUUGGCGGGCGUUCAAAGGGUUCUCGGCCCAACGCAUCACAUUGCGUGUACAUUGAUGGCGACCUUGGCUUCGCUGUACUACCUUCGCGACAAGCUCUCGGAUGCAGCACAUCUGCAGAAGUCACUACUGGAUAUAUAUCACUACAAGUACGGGGACGAAAGCCAGCAUACUCAUUCUGCCAAGAUCAAUUUAGCCGUGACAUACAGCAAGGACGGUCAUUAUGACGAGGCGGAAACUCUCUUUACUGAAGUUCUUGCCUACCGUAGGAGAAGCCUUGGGGAAGACCACAUUGACACUCUACUUGUGCAGUCUGACCUCGCCACGAUGUCCCUUACUAGAGGCAAAUGGACAGAGGCAGAAAUUUUGCUGAGUGAGGUGGUGCAGCGAUCAGUGGUUGUACUCGGUGCCGAGCAUCCUCACUCAAUAAUCAUGCACAGCAAUUUCUCGUCAGCCCUGCAGAACAAUGGGAAAGCCGACGAAGCAAAAUUGCAGCUCGAAAUUGCACUCAUAGCUUCAAGCAAGGUCCAUGGCGAAAGCCAUGUUGAAACGCUCACAUGUCUGAGCAAUCUCAUGUCCAUGUACAACGACUCCAAGGUGGUUGAUAAGACGACGAACCAGCAUCUGGCGCGAACAGAAGCAGCCGCUUUAUGCGCCGUACGAUUGUAUGAUCAAAAUCACAGCCUUGUGCUCCAAUUUCGCAGUAACAUCGCUCAGGCCUACAUUGACCGAAGCCGAUAUGAGGAGGCUGCAAUCAUACUAUGCGAUAUCAUACGCCGAUCACGGGAAAGGAUAGACGCAAACCACAUUGAUACGCUCACAAUGGAAGGCACGCUUUUCCAUGUUCUUUAUCACCAGGGCAAGUGGGAAGAGGCGACACAGCUCGGUCUACGUACCCUCGCCAAUAUGGAUGAACAGCAAAAUCCCAACUAUCCAGUCGUUCUUGGAAACCUGGGUGCAGUCUAUUCGAAACGCAAAGACUUCUCAAAGGCCAUUGAAUUUGCUUUUAAAGCUUACAUGUGGCCCAGAACACAGAUUGACAGUGUUGGCUUUGGAGAAUCUCCAGCGCUAUCAAGGAGCUGUGGCACGUGA